AUGUAUUUGUCGAAAUUAGAGCAAUUACCUGAUGAAAUUUUACUUGAAAUUUGUAUUUAUUUAAAACCAUUUGAUAUUAUUAAUAGCUUUGGACAAUUAAAUAGUCGUUUAGAACGAACUAUAAGUCAAUAUCGACGUGAUGCAGAUCUUCAUCAUUUAACUUUUAGUCAAUUUCAACGAUGGUCAAAUCAUCUUUUAUCAUAUACAGCUGAAUCAAUUAUAAAUUUAGUUGUAAGCAAUUGGAAUUCUCCCGGACAAAUUUAUUAUUUUAAUCAAUUAACAAGAAAUUAUAAUUCUCUUCAUGAAUUAUUUCCAAAUAUAAAACAACUUCGAUUAAUUGAUUUUACAAAUGAUGAUAUUGAAAUUUUAUCAAAACUUGAUAUGAUUGAAAAAAUUUUUAUUGAUGCGGAUGCAUUAAUAACAUUAUCAUAUUCAACACAUAUAUUACUUGAUAAAUAUCUUUUUUGUUCAUUUAAUCAUUUUAAAGAAAUACGUUUAUGGGGUGUUGAAAAUGGUAUUCGAUUACAACAUAAUAUAAAUAUUAUAGAAAAUUUUCAUCUCGAACGAUUAACAAUUAGUGUUGCUUUAUUAGAUGAUCUUAUUUUAAUGUUUAGACGUUCACCAAAUUUAAUUCAUUUCAAUGCUGAAGUAGUGCAAUAUAAUACAAAAGAAUUACGACAAAAUGCUACUUUAGAAAUGUUACCAAAAUAUAUAAAAUUUUUUCAUUUUCAAACAACUGAUCAAUAUGUAUUAUCAUAUGAAGAUUUAGAUAAACUUGUUAGUAAUAUGCCAACAAUUGAACUUCUUUCAUUAGAUCUAGAUACAAAUGAUCUCAAUUAUGCUGAUGGAUAUAAUUGGCAUAAUUUGUUAUCAAGUUUAUGGAAUUUAACACAUACUUAUUUUAAAAUACGAAUUUCUUUAACAUCAGAUAUGAAACCUGUUGAUAUAGAUUCUAUUUUAGAAUCAUUUCAACCAGCUAAUUUACCAAUAUGUUGUUAUGCUGAUAGUAAAGUAUUACAUAUCGAUACUAUACCAUAUGAUAUGACACAAUUUAAGACAAAUAUGAGUGUGACAAUAUCACCGAAUGCAAAAUUAGCUAAAACAACAAAUAUAGAAUUAUUUCAACAACGGCCUAGACGUGUUCAAACACUUAUAGUAGAUGGACAACAUGAUUCAACAUCAAUAGAUGAUUGGUUAUGUGUUAUUAGUCGUUUUUCAGAAAUUGAAAUACUUCAAGUCAAUGCAGUAAAUAUACUCGAAGACGAAAAUAAUUCUAUUGAAAAUAAUAAUAAAAAUAUUCGAUUACCACAUCUCAGUUAUUUACAUUACAUUCGAUCAACAAGUUGUAAAGUACAUAUUCCUUUUUUCAAAUUUCUUGCAAAUAAUACGAUAGUUAGUCCACAACUAAAAGCAUUAUCAAUGAUGUAUGGAGAUUUUAUUUAUUUAUGUAAACGCUUAUCUGGUUUUAGUCUUGAACGAAUAAAUGAACUUUGGUUAUAUGGUGGUGAAGCUGAUGGUCAUGUGACUUUAAAAGAUAUCAAUUUAUUAUUAAAAACAUUUCCGUGUUUAUAUCAUUUUGUUUUUAAUAAUCAAUCGAGUAGACUUAUGAAUAGACAUAUUCAAUCAAUUACUGAAAUGAUUCUACGUUCUUCACCAAAAUUAAUUAGUUUUCGAAUUUCAUGUAAUAAAGGUUCACUUAAAUUAUCAUCAUUAAUGGAUAAUGAAACAUGUAAUGCUUGGAUUAAACAAAUAUGUAAUCUUAAUAACCAUGAACAAAUUCAUGUGAUAAUAAAUAAAAAAAUGUUGUCUGUUUGGAAAUAA